GCCAGUUCAGUGCUAGGUUAGGUGAGCGAGCGAUCAGGGGCCCUGUGCUCCAUUGUCGGGUAUAGACUAGUCUGAACGUUGUUGUUUGGGGCUGGUUUCAUGAACACUCUGUUUUGGAGUGCUCAUAUUUUUGCCUUGUCGGACUGGCUUGUGAAUCGUACUCAUUACAGCGACGUUUGCUGAUUACCGAUCAGUUUGUCUGAGUGCCUUGAAUUGACAUCCACUUUACAUUUCUUACUCCGUUUGGCUGUUUUUUUUGACAACCUACAGUCACAUUUGAGUCGAGAACUGAAGAAAGGAACUCAAAUUUUGAGGCUAUGCCAGGACCAGCGAAGGCUCACACGAAAGGAAACCAGGAGAUGAACCCACUACAGAGUGCAUUUACUUUCAAGACAUCCAGCACUCCAAUGGAUGACAACUAUCAGGCCGUGUCGGGGCGGAUAGCCUCCCUGCCCAUGGACAUCAAGCAGACGUCGACGUCUUGCCAUCACGACGCCAACCUCAUCAACAACAACUUGCCUGUCAUCCUCAGCAACGUCAUCGAUUCCACGGAGAGUCAGCUGGCCCAGAUGUCGCUCUCGUCGUCCACGGACGAGGUCAACCAGACGGUACUCGGCUUGGACGGUAACCAGAACAACAACCGACGACGGAGGAAGAAGAAAAGACGGUCUCCUGUGGGACCUAGUAAAUUUGAAGAUGUCUACCUCAUGACAGAUGAAGUACUAGGGACAGGGGCCUAUGCGUCAGUCAUAACCUGCACCCAUAUACCAUCAGGGAAAAACUAUGCUGUUAAGAUGAUCAGGAAGAGACCGGGUAACAGCCGAUCCAAGGUCUUCAGGGAAGUGGAGACCCUAUACCAUUGCCAGGGACACAAGAACAUACUGCAGCUCAUUGAGUUCUUUGAAGAUGACGAGAGGUUUUAUUUGGUGUUUGACAAGAUGGAAGGCGGUGCCUUGCUACACCAUAUUGAACAGCGUCGGACCUUCACGGAGCAGGAGGCCAGCAUGGUGGUGCGCGACAUUGCCAGCGCCCUCACCUUCCUACAUAACAAAGGUAUCGCCCAUCGAGAUCUCAAGCCAGAGAACAUCCUGUGCGAGAGCAAGCAUUCCAUCUCACCGAUUCAGAUCUGUGAUUUUGGCCUGGGCAGCGGCAUUCACAUGAACAGCAGAUACAACACGCCACUCACCACCCCAGAACUACUCACACCGGUUGGUUCGGCCGAGUAUAUGGCUCCGGAAGUUGUGGAUGCUUUCAUUGACGACGACGAAGCCUCGGCCUACGACAAGCGGUGCGACUUGUGGAGUCUGGGCGUCAUCCUGUACAUCAUGCUGAGCGGCCAGCCGCCGUUCGUCGGUAACUGCACGGAGGAUUGCGGGUGGGACAACGGCGGCGCCUGUCAAGAAUGCGAGGAUAUGUUGCUGCACAGCAUCCAGGCCGGCAUCUACGACUUCGACGGCGCCGAGUGGGACACCAUCUCCGACGACGCCAAGGACCUCAUCUCCAACCUCCUGGUCCGCGACGCCAGCAAGCGCUACACGGCCGAGAUGGUGCUCGGCCACCCCUGGAUCCAGCGCGCCCCCAUGACCCCCCUCCACACCCCCUCCAUCAUCAAGCGCAACAACUCGGCGAAGGACCUGUGCCAGUUUGCCGCCGAGGCGGUGCUGUGCAACCGCCUGGUGGCCCAGAAGGAGGAACAGGAGGAGGAGUUGUCGGAGUCCACGCCCACCAACGACUGGAACAUGCGGCCCGCGUUGCCCUUUGGGUUAUCGCCACCGGGCGAGUCGGCGCUUGCCAAACGCCGGGCAGCGUUGCACAGCAGCAGCAACGGCGGAGGUAUCUGCAUAACUGUCAACUCGGGUGGAACUUGACUUCCCUAAACCCACAUCCCUUCCAAUGUCGAUAAAACUCCCAACCAUUUUCCAAAUAUCACUUUCUUUGUAGCCUCGGCUUCAUGACAACUUCCGGAAUCAUUUAUUUUACAAAUGGAAGCAAGCAGAAAAUACUACAAAACUUUGGUUUUGAAUUACACAGUUUGAUCCUUCCAAAGCAGAAAAACAGAAUGUACAUUGAGUCGGGGCCUCAUUCAGAAGCUCAAAAUCAUGAAGCCGAGGCAGUGAGUCAAACCCAGAAACGAAACGGAGGUUGGAGAAAACCAUUCAUUUGUAUGCAACCCAGUCCAACAAAAUAAGUCUAACAACUAACAAAAAAAACCAGUUGACGAUUACAAUCCCUUAAACAUGAAUCGCAGAACGACAGUUGUUUCGAAUUUUGAAGAUUUUUUAGCCAAUUUAUCAAAGUGUAGACCUCACUUAUGCAAUUUUUGUUUGAGAAAAAAAAAGACUCAUUUUGUUGGACCUGGUUAGUUACUUUUUUGGUCAUUUUUUUUGUUUUUGUUUUUUGGUGCUGCAUUAUUGAUUCAUUUGCAAUACUUCUGUGGAAAAGACGCGUGUUGUGUUGUCGGUAUGCUGGCGUGGUUACCAACUAAAAGUGCUGUGUUGAAAUAAUGGGAAAGUUUUGGCUGGUUGCCUGACCUUCAGGCUGAGGCCAGAAAGAUUUGGCGAAAAAUGCUGCAAAGGUCUAGCGGGGAAACGUUACCUGCAGGAGUUGUACAUUUAUGUAAAUAUUUUGAGACGUGAGUUGCUUGAUAAGAAAGUGUACAGAACACGCGAGAGAAAGUUAUUGAAAAAAAGCGUGAUAUUUUGCCGGCGGCUAACUUUAUUUUCUCCAUGAGAAAAGAACAAAAAUGCCCCCUGCGUUGUCCCUCCUUUGUCCAGUUUUUCUUUUCCGAUUUGCCCUAUUUGUUAUAUUUUAUUACAAGAACAUCUUCCACCAAAUUUGUACUUGCGGUUGUGUAAAAACAGAAAAAAGAUUGUUUAUUUAUUGCAUGCUUACUUUUUUAAACCAGAGUUUUGAAGAGUGACAUUGCAGGAAAAUGUUUUGAAGUUUGGCAGUAUUUUGUACGAAUUAGGUUGUUUUUUUAAUGACUCAAAUUUCUUUUCAGUAAUAGCCUGAAUUUGGCUCUUCGUUCAUUUGAGAGUUUUCAACAUAAAACACCUAACUGUGAAGUAGCUUGAUCUACCUCAAAAAAGUGGUACCGUUUGGAUUUUCUUUUUCGUAAAUCUCUCUCGUUAUCCUCAACUUGGUGUUUAUGCAGUACCAGACAAAUCUUGAUUGUAUAUCAUGUAUAUUGGCUAACCGUCCAAAGAUAAAACAAAAUGCCCCACUUUUAGGGGCACAAAAAUGUUUUACAAACUUCCAAAAUUAACCUAGUCGUGUGGUUUGCUCAUCUGAAUUCUAUCGGUUCGCUUCGAGUUCAAGCCGAUCAUUAUUUGGCUUUCAAAACCUGAGAGAAGUUGUAUUUUCUGAUCCAGUUUAAAUAAUCUGCUUUAUAUUUGAAAGGAACUAAUUCAGUCACCAUAGCAACUGUAAUACAAGAGAACGUGUUCAGAAAUUGUUUUUUUACAGCGUUGGGAAAAGACCUUUUGUUUCUGUAAAUACUGUACAUUUUUUGUUAAAAUAUGAUCAGAGAACGGAUGUUAAUUUAUGAAAAAGGUGCCUCCGUUCGCACUAAAUUUUGGACGCCUGUUACGCCCUUUUUGUUAAUACUUUCAUAGUUCACCUAUUUAUAUUGCGCGUUGUUGUCCACACUUGUCAUUCAUUUAUACCGUUGGACUAAAAAUUCCUUCCACCUAGAUUUAAUAAGAGAGUGGUUUAAAACAAGUGUAUUUGAAACUUUGACUGUAUUUGAAGCAUAGAACUGCACUAAUUGCAAGGAUCUAUGCUUCGUACUGUACAUUGUUUCAAAUUUCACACAAAAUUUCAUAUUUUUUUCCCAUAAAACUGGUUUAUUGAAAUAUACCUUUUGAUAAUUUUUUUUUCUUUCUAUUUUGUGAAAGCGGAUAUUUUUCAGCUAUUUCGUAUGACAUCCAUUCCUUUUGUCAAAUUUAUCAUUUUUAAAUCAAUAUUUUCAGACAAAAAAAUUAUUUCAUUUUUUGCCAAAACGUCAGAAGUAGAGAAAAAGUUAAGUAUUAUGUUCCCAUUUUUUUUAUUUUGGAGUAGAAGUAAAAUACAAGGGAUUUUGAACCUUCAAUUGUCAUAUUUUUUUGAUUUUACAGAUAAUCUUUAAAGUAUUAUUGAAGAAAUAAGAUUUAUUGUUAAAAUACUGGUGAAGAAUCGUUUUUUUGUGGGAGGGGGGUGUCACCAAUUGCAAACAGGCAAUUACAGUUUUUGGGGUUUUUUGAUUUGUUUUUUUUUCUUCAAAAUCUUUGAUUAUCCUUGCCUUGGUUGUUUACAAGAAAAAUAUGUGUUAAUUAUAUUUUUUUUUGUUAUUGACCAUUUCUUUUUUACACAAAUGUCCCCUUUUUUAUUUAAGUUACAGUUUUCACUUUUUCAGAAGUCUGUUUUUAAUUCAUUUUUUUGUUACAGUUGUAUUAAUGCAAAAUACCAUACAAAAUUUCAGACGUGUACAAAAUUGAACUAUUUUUCUAUGUCCAUCAGAACUUAUUGUAGAGGUGUUAACAUUUUGUGUACACAAAAUGUACUUCUCUUAGAGUUCUUCUUCACAAACCUCUUUGGAAUUUUGUAUGGAAUUUUGUUUGAAAGAAAAAGGAAACUUCUCAUAAAUUCUUUAAUAUGCAAGGAACAAAGAAUUUCUGAGACUUUUCGGUCGUUAUUUUAUCAGAACUGCAGGAAGUUAUCCGUAAUUUAAAAUAAAGUGCAAUUGAAUUACAA